UAUGUGUCGCUUGGGGACUGGAGAAAGAAAAAGACAGACGCGGUGUUAGCAUUGCAUUUGGCACAUCGACGGUCUUUAACGAGCAUUAUCGUACUUUUUCUGUGAGUGAAUUAGCUGAAAUAACCAUGGGAGAUCCAAAAAGUGAUUAUUUAGCUACUGCUAUCCUUCGUAAAAAGGACAAGCCAAACAGGCUCCUUGUAGAUGAAGCCAAGAACGAUGACAAUUCUGUUGUUGCUUUGUCCCAAGCCAAGAUGGAUGAGUUACAACUAUUUCGUGGUGAUACAGUCCUGCUUAAAGGCAAACGUCGCAAGGAGACAGUAUGCAUAGUUCUAUCAGAUCCUAAUUGUACAGAUGAAAAGAUUAUGAUGAAUAGAGUGGUUAGGAAUAAUUUGAGAGUACGCUUGAGCGAUGUUGUGUCAGUGCAAUCAUGCCCAGAUAUCAAGUAUGGAAAGCGUAUUCAUGUGUUGCCCAUAGAUGACACUGUUGAGGGUCUUACAGGAAACUUGUUUGAAGUUUAUUUAAAACCCUAUUUCCUCGAAGCUUAUCGUCCAAUUCACAAGGAUGACACCUUUAUUGUAAGAGGUGGCAUGAGAGCUGUGGAGUUCAAAGUUGUUGAAACAGAUCCAGGACCUUAUUGUAUUGUGUCACCUGAAACAGUGAUUCACUGCGAAGGAGAUCCUGUCAAGAGAGAGGAAGAGGAAGAAGCACUGAAUGCAGUCGGAUACGAUGAUAUCGGUGGAGUACGUAAACAACUAGCCCAAAUUAAAGAAAUGGUAGAGCUGCCAUUGCGUCAUCCGUCGCUUUUCAAAGCUAUUGGUGUGAAACCACCACGUGGAAUUCUUUUGUAUGGACCGCCUGGUACUGGAAAAACUUUAAUCGCAAGAGCUGUUGCCAACGAAACCGGAGCCUUCUUCUUCCUCAUCAACGGGCCCGAAAUUAUGAGCAAACUCGCUGGCGAGUCUGAGAGCAAUUUACGUAAAGCCUUCGAGGAAGCAGAAAAAAAUUCACCUGCUAUCAUCUUCAUUGAUGAACUCGAUGCUAUUGCGCCAAAAAGAGAGAAGACACAUGGCGAAGUCGAGAGACGUAUCGUUUCGCAACUAUUGACGUUGAUGGACGGUAUGAAGCAGAGUUCUCACGUUAUCGUCAUGGCCGCGACGAAUCGUCCAAACAGCAUUGAUGGUGCUCUUAGACGUUUUGGUCGUUUUGAUAGAGAAAUCGACAUUGGCAUUCCCGAUGCAACAGGUCGUUUGGAAAUUUUACGUAUCCACACCAAGAACAUGAAGUUAGCUGAUGACGUUGAUUUAGAACAAAUUGCUAAUGAAACUCACGGUCACGUGGGUGCCGAUUUGGCGUCAUUGUGCUCGGAAGCAGCUCUUCAGCAGAUUCGUGAAAAGAUGGAUCUAAUUGAUCUCGAAGAUGAGCAGAUUGACGCUGAAGUUUUGUCAUCUUUGGCUGUUUCCAUGGAAAACUUUAAAUAUGCGAUGGGCAAGAGUAGUCCUAGUGCACUACGUGAGACAAUUGUUGAAGUUCCUACUGUCACUUGGGAGGACAUUGGAGGUCUCCAAAACGUCAAAAACGAACUGCAAGAACUGGUUCAGUAUCCGGUAGAGCAUCCAGACAAAUUCCUGAAAUUUGGUAUGCAGCCAUCCCGAGGUGUACUAUUCUAUGGACCACCAGGUUGUGGUAAAACACUGUUAGCCAAAGCUAUUGCUAAUGAGUGCCAGGCCAACUUCAUCUCCGUGAAAGGUCCUGAAUUAUUGACCAUGUGGUUUGGUGAAUCUGAAGCCAAUGUACGUGACGUCUUCGACAAGGCGAGAUCGGCCGCUCCUUGUGUCCUAUUCUUCGACGAACUUGAUUCCAUAGCCAAGUCACGUGGAGGUAGUAUCGGUGAUGCUGGUGGUGCCGCCGAUCGAGUCAUUAAUCAAAUAUUGACGGAAAUGGAUGGUAUGGGCGCUAAGAAAAAUGUCUUCAUCAUUGGAGCUACCAACAGGCCUGACAUCAUCGAUCCGGCUAUUCUUCGACCUGGACGUUUAGAUCAACUUAUUUAUAUUCCAUUGCCAGAUGAAAAGUCCAGAGAAUCUAUCUUCAAAGCUAAUCUUCGUAAAUCUCCCGUUGCUAAGGAUGUUGAUCUAAUAUACAUUGCCAAGGUAACGCACGGAUUCUCGGGAGCCGAUAUCACAGAAAUUUGCCAACGCGCCUGUAAAUUAGCCAUUAGACAAUAUAUCGAGUCGGAAAAGCGCAGAGAAAGGGAAAGAGAAAAUAAUCCUGGUUCCUCCAUGGAUACUGAUGAGGAUGACCCUGUUCCUGAGAUUACUCGAGCUCAUUUCGAGGAGGCGAUGAAGUUCGCUCGAAGAUCAGUAUCAGACAACGAUAUUCGUAAAUAUGAAAUGUUCGCUCAAACUCUUCAACAAUCGCGAGGAUUUGGAACGAACUUUAGAUUCCCACAAAAUGCACCAGGAGGAGGUCAAGAUACAACGCAAGGAGACCAACCCUUCCAAGACGAUGGCGACGAUGAUCUCUACAGUUAAGGAUUAAAAAAAUUACUUCUUUUUCACUUUUAUUUGUAAUUUCGUUUGCAGUGAAGAUUACGACAAAAGGGCCUGUCCAAUAGCAUUGUGUUAUGCCACAAAUGUGCGCAUACACUUGCGCCGUACUUUAUAAAUGAUUUAUAUAAUAAUCUUUAUGAAUAAAAACAGAAAAACUAACAGUUCGAUUUUAUACGAAGUAUAUAUGUUGUGUGUAUUUGUAUAACGGCAAGACUGUUAAAUAAAUUUCAAUUUUCACAUUUUUCUUUUAUUUCAAUAAUUCGUCGAUGAAAACAUAACAAGAACUUCUUUCGUACGAAUGGGCUCUUAUCUUUGUUUUCUUUGUAUUGGUGCUUGGUAAAUAAAAUGUUACCGUAAAGUUAAAUUGUGAUUGUAUAGCACUAGUAUUUAACUUUUAGAAGUUCAGGUAUUCACAUAUAAUAAAUAAUUGCAGUGGCAUUUAUGCUAAGUUACUAUAGCUAAGUUCAUUUGUCUUCAUAAAAGAGCUUUUUAAAUCUGCUUCAUAUGAAAGAGGAGAGAGAAAUGUCACUGAUAAUUCAAACAAAUUUUCAAUUUACAUAAUGUAUGAAUAAAAGAAAAUUUAUUGUCACUUGAAUAAAAUAUGCUCACUUUAUCCUUCGAUAGACCCUUUUGCUCAUAGCAAGUCUUUUAGCUUCACUGCAAUGAAUGCUCUUGUUGUCAGUGCAUCGUGAGACCACUAACUUGAUUUUUAAAUAAAUAUUUAAAUAAAGUCGCGACUACAA